GGAGUUCACCGACGAGCUGGAAGUUGGUUGCUACGUCCUCAUACAAAAACUGUGUGUCGGUCAUUGCUGUGGCGUGGAAACCGACAACAUUAAGUAGCUUAAGUUUUUUGUUUUAAGUCACGAAGAAGUUGAUGAUUUUUUUUGCGAUACAAGACGUUAACUAACUAACUUAAUGUCCUCCGACGGUCAGAGAGGACCGGGACCGAUACGGUAUGGGAAAAUAACUUUAUAUGCAUUUAUGUAACCUACACCUUUGUGCUGGGUUAUGGCUGUCAGGUCUCUGCUGUGUUUUUCUGACUGACAACACCGACUUCUAGCAUGCCACGCAGGCAGCUAACUUCUCCAAAACUUUGCCUGCAACUCAGGAGUGGCCCGCACAGCAUGAUACUUUGACGUUUAUCUUACAUUUUCACGUAGAUUUCCUUCCCCCCCUCCCUGUUUUAAAUCAAUACAAUGAUGAAGGUUAGGAGAUACUUGAGGGGCAGUGGGAGGGUGCUCGCAUUUGUGUUCAUCGCCUCUGUCAUUUGGCUGCUGUUUGACAUGGCUGCCCUCCGGUUAUCGAUAAACGACGUGAACAGUCAGCUGCUGAAGGAGCGAGUGGUGAGAGAGAGGGAGCUUUACAGGCAGCAGUCCAGGGUGACACAGCUGAUGAAGAGGGGGUUCAAGCACCCAGUUCAGAAGGUGGACCUGGCUGUCACACAUGCUGGGAAAGAACCACUCAGUUCAAGCAUUAAACUAGCCCAAGUGUACAGGCAGGGAGGCAGGAAACAGGGCGAGAUGUUAGGGGAUAAAAAGCUCUUCCAGCACCAAGGAGGUCGUCUUCCCAGGACUGCCCGCCCUAAAUAUGAACAUAAAGAAGGUGACAAGAAAAGAGAUGUCACACCAAAGCAGGGUGAUCCCGCAAAGAAGAAAGCCGUAGACUUGGAUCUGAAUGGGACAAAGUUGGAGAAAGGUAGAGCGAUAGAUGACUCUAAUAAGGUGAUGUUAUCUGUAGUGGUGUCUCAAAUAUCCCAAGUGGCAGCUGGUGUUCAGGAAAACAAACUUGUUCCGCUACCGACCUCAAAGAAGGGAUCCAUUAAUGGUGGAGAUGUUGUGCAAAACGCUCCGGGCAAAAGCGACUCAAAGACACACGAAAAAGUCCAGGGUGAAUCUAAGAUCAGGAGCGGGAUAAAAGAGAGCCAGCUUCAGGCCGAGGAGGCACACCCUGUUAAAACAACAUCCAAACCAUCUAACAAGGAUGUGAAGGCGAAUAAGGAAACAGAGGAGAAGCACAUUGGGCCGGCUGAAACGGAAACCUCCAAGGAUAACUCCACUGCUGUCAGAAAACCAGGUGUCCACAAAGUGCUUUCUCUGGAUGCGACUCAAGUUCCCAGAGAUGCCAACGCGGUGGGCCAGUUUGGUCAGGCGGCACUUGUUGCCAGUAAUGAAGACUUAGAGGUGAAGAAGAGAUGGGACGAGGGGCAUUUUAAUGUCUACCUGAGUGACCAGAUCCCAGUGGACCGCGCCAUCCCGGACACCAGGCCCGAGAUGUGUGCACAGAAUCUGGUCCACGACGACUUGCCUUCCACCAGUGUGAUCUUCUGUUUCGUGGACGAAGUGUGGUCCACGCUGCUCCGCUCUGUGCACAGUGUGCUCAACAGAUCUCCACCGCACCUCCUCAAAGAAAUCAUUCUGGUGGAUGAUUUCAGCACCAAAGAUAAUCUGAAGGAACCGCUGGAUGAGUACAUGGCCCAGUUUCCCAAAGUGCGAAUCAUUCGUCUGAAGGAGCGUCAGGGCCUGAUCAGAGCCAGGCUGGCUGGAGCGGCUGUAGCCAAAGGUGAGGUCCUUACCUUCCUCGACUCCCACGUCGAAUGUAAUGUGGGCUGGCUGGAGCCUCUUCUGGAGAGAGUCUACCUGGAUCGCAAGAAGGUUCCCUGUCCAGUUAUUGAAGUCAUCAGUGACAAGGACAUGAGUUAUAUGCUGGUUGACAACUUCCAAAGAGGUAUUUUCAAAUGGCCUCUGGUGUUUGGUUGGAGCGCAUUACCAGACGAGUACAUUAAGAAGAAUAACAUGACCAUUGCAGAUCCCAUCAGAUGUCCAGUUAUGGCUGGAGGCCUUUUCUCCAUAGACAAAAAAUACUUCUAUGAGCUUGGCCAGUAUGAUCCCGGCCUUGAUGUGUGGGGUGGGGAGAACAUGGAGAUUUCCUUUAAGAUCUGGAUGUGCGGAGGGGAAAUCGAGAUCAUCCCCUGCUCUCGAGUGGGACACAUCUUCCGAGGACAGAAUCCUUACAAGUUCCCCAAGGACAGGCAGAAGACGGUGGAGCGUAACCUGGCGAGGGUGGCAGAGGUCUGGCUGGAUGAGUACAAGGACCUUUUCUAUGGUCACGGGUACCACCACCUGCUGGAUAAGAAGGCCAUCAACAUCGGCAACCUCACAGACCAGAUUGAGCUGAGGAAGAAGCUCAAAUGCAAGAGCUUCAAGUGGUACCUGGACAAUGUGUAUCCAGAUAUGGAUGCUCCCUUAGUGAAAGCAGAAGGCCUGAUCUUCAAUCGUGGCUUAAGAAAAUGCCUCGCCCUGCAGAAAGGCUCUCUGUUGUUUGAGAUAUGUGAUCUCAGCAAGCAGAGUCAGCACUUUAAUUACACCUGGUUGAGGCACGUUCGCCAGCAGAACAUAUGUGUCGCACCCCAAGGCAAGGGCAACGGCUUUGCUUUACAAUUAUGUGACAACGCCAAGUCUGAGCUCCGCUGGUUCCACAAAUCCUCCAACUCCGCCCUGGCGGAGCAUCUCAUAACAGAGUUUGCGUCGCACCACAUGUGCCUGGAGGCGGGGCCUCAGGGUGACACUCUGCGCCUCAACCCAUGCGAACCCAGCAACGCCUUUCAAAAGUGGCAGUUCACACACUACCACGCUAAGUGAUGAGACUGAAAUGGGUUUAAUGUGUCAAACAUGCACUACGGAGACCUUCAGUGGCCUCACACUACAGUACAGUCGGUGGUCAGCAUCAACACAACUGUCCAGAGGAUGUGGGAAGCGCUUUGGUGGCAGUAAUAUGUGUGGUGUAAAAUAGAGGGUGUGGGGAUGUGCAAUGUUUCCAAUGUCCUUUUAUCAUAUCAGCAUGGACUGACCUUGAGUUUAAGUGCUAGUGCCAGAGGAAAGAGAGCAUCUUCUUUUUUUAUGAAGAUUUGGAUCGGAGUUUGCAAUUUUUUUGUUUUUUUUUUUUAGAACGAUCCAGUCGAUCCUCUACACUUGCUUUUUGGGGAGGGGGGAGGGGAAAGACUAAAGGGCUUCAGGUGAAAGUUUAUGAAAGAACACUCAAACAUAUCUUUUCCCUGCCAAAGAUUGAAAACAGUGCCUCAUAUAUUUGCGAUGUAAAAAGUGAUUUUUCUUUUUGUGUGUGCUCUGCUGGAAAUGAAUACUGAGUUUAAUUGCAUGUAAUGUAGAAUUUAUUCAUUUGUAUAAAACACAUCACAUACUUUUGAUGAGACAUCUUUUCUCGAUGUUACGUACUUUAUGAUUCUCUGGUUUUAAGUGACGCUUUAUUUAGGUGUGGGUUUUUGUUGUGAAAACUGUCCCUUUUUGUCACUAGAGGGAAGUGUUGGUUCAAAACACCCAAUAAACCUGUGCUGUGAUUUCA